CUGGCAUGUCUCAAAAUAGAAGUUGGGAUUACUAAUUCUAAGGAGAUCUAGGCUUAGAAAUGGUGGCUAAAGCAGAGUAUUCAGAUUAGUCUUAACAUUCUUAAGUUAGCUUUUGUACAGGAUACUAGCAGUUUUCACAAUAGAACACCUGAAGAUUGUGUGAUCUGACCCCACUGUCUUGACUGCAAAUUGAAUAUUUUUUUCCUUUGGUUGCUCAUGGCAUGGCACCUAGAGGUUGACGUGACAGGUGCACCUUUUAUGGCUCAGAAAAGGGAGAAGAGAAUCGUGGUUCUUACAUUGAUGUUUCUUUAGCACCUGAGAAUAAGGUUCAACUCUUCUAUGCGUACUUGCUUGUUAAGAGGACAUCUUCCCCCAACAAGCCUAGGCUUUCUGUGUCUGAAGGCCAGGGACUGCGCAGAGAACUGAGAAGACGUGCUGAUUUCCCUGGUGCUGGUAGACUUCUGAAUGAAAGCAGUGACUAGGUAUGGAGAACUUGGUGGCUGGCUCCAACCUUCCUCCACUUUUUACAGAUGAAGAUGGAUCUAAGGAAGGUAGUGAAAUUACUGUAACUGGAUUAGCUCAUUCUGAGAGUUCAUUCAGUGGUGGAACUUCACAGUCUGUGAAUAACCCAGAUUUGGUGGAGGAUUUGUCACAGGUUCAGCAGCUGCAAAAUGAGUCCUCUAAUACUGCUGAAAACGCUGAGCAGAAGCCUGAGGAGGAGCAGCAAAGAACUAAACGAGGAGGCUGGGCCAAAGGGAGAAAGAGGAAGAAACCCCUUAGGGACACCAAUGCCCCCAAAUCCCCCCUCACAGGGUAUGUACGAUUCAUGAAUGAGCGUAGGGAGCAGCUUCGAGCGAAGAGGCCUGAAGUCCCUUUCCCAGAGAUCACCAGGAUGCUGGGCAAUGAAUGGAGUAAACUGCCUCCUGAGGAGAAACGGCGAUACCUUGAUGAAGCAGAUAGAGAUAAGGAGCGUUAUAUGCGGGAGCUGGAGCAGUAUCAGAAGACUGAAGCCUACAAAGUCUUUAGCAGGAAAGCACAAGACAGACAAAAAGGCAAAUCACACAGGCAAGAUGGAGCAAGACAGCCAGCCCAUGAUCAUGAGAAAGAAGCAGAUACAAAGGAGAGAUCUGUUUUUGAUAUUCCAAUCUUCACAGAAGAGUUCCUGAAUCAUAGUAAAGCACGUGAAGCUGAGCUGCGGCAGCUGCGUAAGUCCAACAUGGAGUUUGAGGAGAGGAAUGCUGCUCUGCAGAAACAUGUUGAGAGUAUGCGUACUGCAGUGGAGAAAUUGGAGGUGGAUGUGAUACAAGAGCGGAGCCGCAACACCGUGCUGCAACAGCAUCUAGAGACCUUACGCCAAGCACUCACAACCAGCUUUGCUGGAGUCCCACUACCCGGUAGCGGGGAAACACCCACGAUGGAAACUAUUGAUUCCUACAUGAAUAGGCUGCAUAGUAUUAUUAUGGCUAACCCACAAGAGAAUGAGAACCUCAUAGCCACAGUCCGAGAUGUGGUAAACAGACUUGAACGCUAGUGACUGGGUCUCGUGACCCAGGGAUGCUUUACAAAAUUUUUUUGGCCAGUGUGGAAUAAGAAGCCAUGAGGGAAAGACUAGGGGUGGGAGGCAGAAUUGCAGGUUUGUCCUGGUCCCUGCCUUUGUGGUUUGUCAGUGAGACAAACAGAUCAAUGCAUUAAAAGGUCUUAAGAAGCCACGGACACCACCCACUAAACAUUUGGAACUGUCCUCUGUGUAAACAUUUAAGAGCAUGCAACUUUUGUGCAAUCUUCAGUUUCUUAUUAAUUUUGCUGGGUGUGAGGGUGCAUAUGUUCUGUGGACUGGCUGACUAUGGAGAUGAAAUCUCACAAUUCGUGAAAUGAAGUCAGCCUAUGUGCUGUAGUAAUAACUUUGAUGUGUUAUAUUGCCUAAUGUCUUCUAGUGUCUUUUAUUUUGUUUUCAUGUUUAUCUUGUGGGAUCACUUUCCUCGACUUUAGUUUUCUUCGUUUGAUCUUGUUAUCUGAUACUUGCAGUACUAGAUAGCAACGCUUGUGUUCUCUGCUAUAACAGGCAGUCUUCCUUGGUGCACUGUCUUGUCCUACCCUGCCUGCUAUGUUUAUAUAAGCUUUUCUUAAGCAUAAUCUUGGGGGGUUUUGUGUUAGCCUGCAGCUUCUACAAUGUGAGUUUGCUCCCUGCUAGGGACUGACUGUGGUUGAUGCUUUGUGACUUGAUUCUACUAUGAGACAGACUUCCUCUCUCCCCUCUCUCUUCAAGCACCUCUCUUGCACAUAGCAUCCUGCGCUUCUGUGAAGGUUUCCUGUUAUCUCUUGAAAAUGUUUGGUGGAGCAUUUUACUACUGCAAAGGUCAGUGGUAAUCAAGAUGGAAAGUGAAAUGUUGGUUCUUCUCAGCAGGGAGAAUAGGAAUCUCCAUUUUAGACUAAAACCACAAAGCUUGCCCUUCCUCUGAUAAGUUGCUCACUCUAAUUUAACGUUACUGCCUUGUUUUUGAGAGAAUGAUCUCGUGGUGAGAGCGGUAUUCUAUAAAAGGAGAAAUGGGCAGGGGGAUUGCAAUUUUUUUCUGCCCUUCUAAAUCACAAUGCUGGGAAGCAAUAUGCCUGGAAACAGCACAUGUAUUUUUGCAUGAAUUAUUAGAGCAGAGAAGGUUAUUAGCAGCUAGGUCCACAUAGCAGCCCGCAGAAUUCUACAUUACAGCCCACAGCCCAUAAGUGCUUUCACCUUUUGUACAGUUAAAGUACAGCCUGUGGAGCUUAUAGCAUUCAGUAUAUUAUGUUUGAGUGUGACCUAAAUGGCCUUUCACUUACAUCAAGUAGAACUCUGCAUGCUAGAGUCUGUAAUCUUGCUGAGCUAUGCUGCAUCUCCUGUCAAAGAUGAAGGCACCUACUGUCUUGCACUAACUUAUGCAAAUCAUUUGCUGCCCUUUGGUUCCUGUCAAACUGUUAAUUCAGACUUUGGUUGAGCACUUGUUGGACAUCUCUGGGCUUUAUGGUAAUCAUUGAAAUGCUCUUUCUUCCACGUGACAAUCUCCUUGCUCCUCCUUGAGAAAUCUUUAAGAUUUCCCUGUUAAGAAUUGGAGAUUGCUUUCAUUACUGGAGUGCAUUGCAGUCAGCAUCGCUUUAGUGUAUCUGUAAUGCAAGUAUUUGAAGAUUAAAAAGCAGUUUCUUCUUUUCCCAUGCUGUACACAUGGACUUCAUGCUUGCCUGAAGCCAUCUCCAAGUCAACACCUUGUAUGUCAGGCCUCUGCUUACUCAUGGGCUUAUUGCUGUAGCAAAGCCGCAAGGAUUUCCAUGUACAUUCAAGUCUUCCUUCAGGGAGGAAACUCCUUUCUCUUGUCUUCAGUCUCCUUUUCAAGACUUCACAAAAACGAACCUCAAUUUGCUGCAUUGACCUCCAUUUUCCUUAGCACGGAUGAGACCAACUGAUGUUGGCAUGAACUUCUUUUAGUGAAUGCUAUGACAAAUAUUGUGCGGGGAGAAAAUCCUACAGGUUAAUAAUGUCUACAGAAGAAGCACCGAUACCUUCAUUUCUUGUGUGUAUCUUGUUUUUUAGAAUUGGUGUUAUCUGACUUUAUUGAAGUGGCCAAAAUGCACUGCAUAGCCAAAAGUUUAUUUACAAAAUUCUAAAGUUCAAUCUGUGGCAUCUUACCUAAUACCUGGAGUUGUAUCCCAUAAAGAGUCUAGAAAUUGCUAUGUAAUACGAUAGCAAGAUGCAAUUCCAGGCUGUGACAUACACGUACCAUAAAUAAGGUAUGGGUGACUGUAGGCUGCCCCUGCUUACAUAAAUUCAAUGCAGCUCUCAGAUCGUGGCAUACUGCUAAUACAUCAUUCUGUUGAGUAGCAUGCAAGUGUUAUGGGUUAGGAAAUUUAAGGUGAUAUUAUUAGCUGGGGGCUGACAAAUCUCUUGCUUUUUCCCACAAGGAAGGAGGGGAGGUGGUAUACUCAUAGCAUCUGGGGGAAGACUAAGUUCUUGCUCACCAAUGAUGUGACAGAUGAUGUUUUGUCUCAUUAAGAAGCUGCUUAUUUACAUCGAUUUACCCUAUAAAAAUGGAUUUCAUCUUUCCAGUGUUUUCUGAGUGUCACUUCAGUUUACAUUUUUCAAUGUUGGCUGAUAAAAAAAAAACAGUAAAAAAUGAAGUGCGUGUCAAGGAGAAGAGCAGGAUAAAAUGCUUUUGUCACUUAGAGAAAUGUUAAGAGAAAUACGUGAAAACAGAAUCCAUUUGCUGGAUUAAUGUGUUUGGAAUUGUUGAGAUGCCAAGUUUUCUGUACAAUGUUUUUGUAAUUAAACUUUGGACUUCCUUUGUUUCUAAGAAGUUGAUGUGCUUGUUUGACACUUGCUUCAUUAAAAUUGUUCAACAUUGAA